AUGGCAAAGAUCACUUUCUUUGAGGACAGAUACUUUGAGGGCUGCUCCUGUGAAGCCACCACAGACCAGCCAGACCUGCGUGCCCACCUCAACCGCUGCAACUCUGUUAAGGUGGAAACUGUCUGCUGGAUGAUCUGUGAACAUCCCAACUACGUAGGCCAUCAGUACUUCCUGAGGAAGGGAAAAUAUCCCGACUACCAGCACUGGAUGGGCUUCAAUGACUCCAUUAGUUCUUAUUGUAUCAUCACAGCAGAGUCAGAGACAGUCUUGAAACAGUUUAUUGUAAGUUGUCCACACUUCUGAGGACAGCAGUACCUCCUGAGGCCUGGCGAGUACAGGCGAUUCACCAACUGGGGUGCCAUGACUGCCAAAGUUAAAUCCUUCCAACCAACAGUGGAUAUUUCCUAA